ACUAUCGCAAUAUCAUCACGGGUAAAAACACAGUUGCUUGGCUCAGUCUGAACUCGAGUUCACUCAGUCUACAACCGUUUUCGACGAGACUUCAAUUAUAAAAUUUUCAUUUGAACUUUGAAAAAAUAAAAAUUAUAUAAUUUCAAUUAUUCAUUCUGAUAUAUAGUUAACGUAUAAAUAUAAACUAAUAUGAAAUUUUCUUGAAACUAUAGAUAAAUAAAAUUAUUUACUAUUUGUAUUGACUUUUGUUUUAAGUUGAAAAAAUUUCGUUGUCGUCGUCGUUGCGAUUAUAUAAACGGUUUUUUAAAGAAAAAAUUAUAUACAUAAAUUAUAACGCUUUAAUAAUUAUCGGGUUUAAAAAAUUAUCGGUUAAUAAAAAAAGAAAAAUAAAUUUUCUUCUUUGAGCAAGAACGAGACACACAAGAGGUGAAAGGCAGACGACCGAGAAGCCAAUAGAGCUAAAAAAUAAAAAAAAAAGGAUCAAAUAAUAUUAUUCUAGUUGAAAAAAAAAGAAGACAGCAACAAUGGCAGCAUUCGUAGCUAAACAAAUGGUGGGGAACAAACUGAACGCCGUUAAAGGUGCGGUAGGUGGAGAGGGUGGCGACGAAGAUGACAAGGAAAAGGAAGAGGAAGCAGAGAGAGAACGACAGGAGGCAAUCAAAGAAGCUGAGGAAAGACGAAAGGAAAAACAUCGUAAAAUGGAAGAAGAACGAGAAAAAAUGAGACAAGAAAUAAGAGAUAAGUAUAAUAUUAAAAAACGAGAAGAAAUUCAAGAAAUACCACAAGAAGAACCAAAUCCUCUUAUGCGCAAAAAAAAGACACCUGAAGAACUAGCAGCAGAAGCUGAAGCUGAAGAACAAGAUGAGCUUACGAAACUGAAGCAGACACUAGAAACACACGUGACAGAGCUCAAAACACAGAUUGAGAACAGAUGCAAUUUACAAUGAGUUAAAAAGUAUUAUAAUAGGCAGUGAGAUAAUAUGCUUGACUCUACCACUGCCCCAGGUCACAUUCACUAGGGAAAAUGACAUGUGUUUAGACAAACCCAACAACACCCCAAGAAUCAUUAAAAUAUGAACAAAAAAGAAAAUAAACAAAAUUCAGGAAUUAUAUGAAAAACAAAUUGAACACUAAUAAUAAUACUUUUAAAAUAAAUAUAAACAAAAAUUUAGUACAUGAUAUAGAUAAAUAAAUGAAAUAAAUAAAUUUUAAAAAACCGAAAAUAAAUGAGAAAAAGAGAGAGAAAGAGAAAAGGUUGAAAUUCAGUCACCGUUCAAUCGUUGAUUCACGGCACGAAUUGGCGAAUGUGCCAGGAAAAACCCGUUGGAAAAUAGCUUUAAAAUAAAACAAAAAAAAAUAUAUGUAUAUAUAUAUCUGCAGAGUAGCUAAAAACCAAGAGAAGGUAAAAGAAGCAAAGAUAAAAAAUACCAAAAAAAAAAAAAAGAAAAAGAGUAUAAGACAAAAAGAAAAAGCAUACCAGUAGUAAAUUUAUACUUGAACAAGGAAAAUACUUUGAAAAUCGAUAGGUAUGAAAUUCUUGUCACGCAUUUUUACAAUAGUCGAGUAUCAUUCAGGGAAUUCCAGUGUGAUCCAGCAAAAUGGGGCUUGACUCUAGAGAUGUUUUUUGGAUCAGGAUAAAAAUGAGGGUUGAGUGGAACACUCGGAAGUUUUUGUGUUAACCUUCUUCAAUAUUCCUGACACAAGAAUGUAUUUUAUCAAAAAACUAAAAAAAUAUAUAUAUCUACAGAUUUUCAACUAAAUUAUUUCAAGAUAAUAUAUAAUAUUUGAAAUAAAAAUUGCAUCAUUAAAUUUUUAAAAAAUAAUAAUAAAUUGAUUGAAAGCCAUGAGGGAUUUUAAUAAAUUACUGGUUCAAUCACUCAAUACGAGUGUCUAUAUAUAUACCCAUUGACGAAGGAUUCUAUUGUUCAAAUGUCAAAUGAAUAAUGUGCUUUGGCUUCUGGCAUUCUAUACUCUCACCAAUUUCAAUUCAUUUCAAUGCCGUCAAUCAUACCUCAAACAUUACUCUCAAGGUAUAAAUUUCUCCCCAGUAAUUCAAGACUAAUGCACUUGACAAUAUUUUUUCAACUUUUUUUCUUCUCUAAUAAUACAUCAAGUUGAUUCAAACAAAAAAAAAACCUUGAAAGUAUUGCCGUGAAUACAAUGAACAAUGAAAAAAAAAAAAAAAACAAGAGCAAGAACGAUGACUCAAUUUCAAAAGUAACAAAAAUGUUGCCUGAUAUAUAAAAAAAAAAGAUCCUUUUAGUGACCACAUACAUAUACACAGUAAACGGGGAAAAUGAUGAAUGAAAUUGAAAAAAAAAAAAAACUAAUAAUAACAAUAUUAAUAACCAAGUAAACUGUUUGAUAAUUAAGAUAAAAAACUAAGUUAUGUAGCCCGACACUGUUUGAAUAAUAAUGAUUUAAAAUAAAAAAAAAAAUAAUAAAAAAUGAAAAAAAAUGAAUAAAUAAAUAAAUAAAAAAAAAAAAAUUUUAAAUAGUAUUAAUUGAUGAUAAAAAUGAAAUAAUUAAAUUAUAUAAAUAAAGUAGUUAGGGACAUAGGGCCAAGGGGACGAGAGCCUUUUGUGUGUGAUUUUAUGAACGUCAACAUGUGUGAAUGUUACGACUGAGUUAAUUUGAAAAAAAAAUAAUAAUAAUAUUAUUAAUAAAAAUUGUUUUGCCUCAAAAUUAAGUUAUAACGAGAUGAUUGAUUAAUUGUUCAAAUUAUCAACAUGAAUAAUGAUUAUUCGAGUGAGCUAAGCUCGAUGGUCCUUGCCUCGUUCUUUGUAAUGUUGAAAAAAAAGUGUUAAAAAAAUUAAAGGUAAAAGAAAAAAAAAACAAAAAAAAUUACCAAGGGUCACGUAGUUGACAUUUGUUAAAGUUAUUUAAAUAGUUUUUAUGUUAAACUUCAUGACGAAUUGAAAAAAAAAAAAAAAGUCAUCGUUGUUUUAAAAAUAUAAAAAACAAUCAUCAAAAAUAUAAAAAAUAAAAACGAAGCACCGACCACCGUGCAGGUGAUGCAUGCCUUAUAUAAUUAAAAUAUAAAUACAUUAAAUUAUUAAAAUCAUAUGAUAAUGAAAUUUUUUUGAUUAAGCAUGGUAAAGAGAACAAAAAAAAAAUAAUAUAUAUAUAUAUAAAUAAGCGUUGAACUUUCAUGUCUGAUAGAUAAAUAAUUUGGCACUGCGGAUAAAGGGAGACCGACAAAAAAAAAAAAAUAAUAUUGUCACUGUAAUAUGUAAGAAAGUAUAAAAAAAAUAUAAUAAAUAAUAAAGCAAGAAAAAGUUAUGUAUAAACGGGAUUAUGAAAAUUCAAAAAAAAAAAAAAAAAUUACUGUGCAAUCGUCAUACCAUUUUUGUAUGAAAAAAAAAAAAACAAAAAAAAUAUGUGAAAAAAAAAAAAAAAAAAAGUAUUUUUUUAAUUUCAACGUUGUUAUGCAACGUUGUUCAAACUUUCGCGGAUUUAGAAAAAAAAAAUAAUAAUAAAUAAUUAAAUAAAUAAAAAAUAAAUCACCAUGAAAAACCCCUUCAUUCCAUUAACCCUUGGGAAUUUAUACCCUCUGGUAAUUUCAUAAUUUUUUUUACCUCUUUUUAUUUUUCCUUUUCAUCCACUUUUUGGUCUAUUCUUAAAUAUUUUUUUUCUUAAACUCUUUUUUCGUAAUACAUAUUUUCACGAGCGGCAUUUUCACGUUUGGACGGAACUGCAUCCUCGAAUCAGCGCGUUUCAGUGGAAAAAAAUAUAAAACUAUUAACAAUAGAAAAAAAAAAUCUCCAUCUCGAGAUAUUUUAAUUUUUAAAAAAUAUUUUAUUAUUUUUAUUAUUUUAAAUUCUAUAUCACAACGCGUUUUUCAAAGAUACUCGGUAAAAAAAAAAAAAAAAAGAAAAAAGAAAACUGCAUUUUUCAAUGUUUAUCUUCAUGUUUAUAAAUUCAAUCUCAAUGUUGCAUGUAUACGUGUUAAAUUUUAAUGCUUGUAUGUUGUUGAUGUUACUGGCUCGUGUCCUCUUUGUCGUCCACACGACCUCGGGCCCAAUUCCCAUUUUUCCCUUAAUUUAAAAUAAUUUCCCUUCAUACAAAAAUUCAUAAUACACGAGCAAUAAAAACAAACAAUAAAAACAAUUAUUACAUGUGUAACAUAAACAUUACUAUAUACAUACAUUAUUAUAUAUAUUUUUUCAUCAAUACAUAAACAAUGACAUAUAUAUUUUUUAUGAAUGACAUUUAAAGAUUAUAAUAGAAUCAAACUUGUCAAGAUGAUAUAUACUAAACAAUUGACACCACUCUGAUUAUUAAAAAUAACGCGGGAAAUAUUUUAUGGGACACGAGGUCCUGGGCACAAAUGUCUUUCUUAUUUCACACCUUUCUCUCUGUCUCAUCCUCUCUCUUUCUCUAUUCAAAUAAAUUUUAUGACUUGUCAUUUAAAAAAAUUUUUUGUACUCUAAUAAAUUAAAAAUUUACUCGAUUUAUUUAUUUAUUUUUCUAGCUAUUUUGCCGUUCCUUUCUCCAUUCCAAUUCAAUACUAAAAUUAUAUAUAUUUUUGUUUUUUUUUUUUUUUCCAUAUUCUCCAUUGAAAUAUUAAAAAAAUUGUAUUAAUUUUCUCUGGUGAAUUCCGCGAAUCAAAUCCAAUGCGAUAUUACUCAAAGUCAAUUACUUAAUUAAACAAAAAAAAAAAAAAAAUGAUUAAAGUAAAAAUAAAAUUACUACCCAAAUAUGUAUAUUUGAUUAGCUAUUUUUUUCUCAAAAAUAAAUUAAAAUAAUAUUGAUAAUAAUAUAUUUAAAAUGCAAAGAAACAAAUUGUAAUUCAAUCAUUAUUUCACAACUAUCAAUGAGGGCAUGUUCUCAUAUCUUUUUUCUUCCAAUGGACUGUCCUCGCAAAUAAAAAAAAACCCGAAGAAAAAUAUAAAAUAUAUUUGAAAACAGCAAAACAAAAAAAAAAAAAAAACAGAGAAUUAAUUUUUCUUGAAUUAUAUAAAUUAUAUAAAGAAUAAUAUAUAGAUUAUAUAAAUAUAUAUACAUAUAUAUAAAAAAUAUAUAUAUUUAUAAAUAAAUUAUAUAUUCUUAGUAAAACUUUUCCCUCUUGUUCGCACUUUUAUGUGUCUAUAUACGUGCAUGUGUGUUUAUCUAUUUUAUUCGCUGAGAUAAAAAUUGAAUAAAAUAAUACUACUUUAUUUAAAAAAAAAAAAAAAAAAAAAAAGAAAUUUUAAAU